CAAGAAGGCAUGGAUGAGUGAGAUCGUAUUCAAAAUCCCAACGGCUAAUUUCCGCCGCCUGACUGAAUAGGCUCCAACGGUCAUAUUAUUUCUCCAUUCUUUCCCUAUAAAACAUUUCCUUGUACACAUCAAUUACAUCUUCCAUUGCCUUUUAUUUUAAUUAAUAAUCCCUGUGCCACCGGCGGCGAUCACAGAUCUAGUAUUAUUCCGGCGACCCACUUGAAUUUGUUGGAAUGGAAACCCCAUCAUCGUCCACAAGAAGAGUAACAAGAUCCCAGACCUCCGCUGCUUCUGCCAACGCCAACUUACAAUUCUCAAAGGAAAAAGGGAGGGAGAGAUGUGCUCUGAUAGACAUAACAAACGAUUCGCCGAUUGUUGGUCUUGCAAUUGGGAAUCUGAAGACACCGUCUUCGUCUUCGUGUUCUUCAUAUUCGACAAGAAAAGGAAAAUCAAUAAUUGGGGUGGGUACAACUCCAGGUUCAGGGGAGGCUCUGUUGAGAGGUCAAGUUAAGACCCUUUUGCAGAAAGUUGAAGAAGAGGCUGAGGUGCUCGUUAAUAAUAAAACGCUGCGUCCGCCUUCUUUCUUCAUCAAUCUAAUCAAAUCUCCAAACAAUAAUAAUAAUAAUCAUAUUGUUGGUGCACCAACUCCAGCAAACACACCCCAAAUCUUGGAUGCUUUAUCAUUGCCGCCUUGUCUCACUUCUUCCCCUGUUCAAGAUAACUUUCUCCUUCUCCCACCACAGAAAGAAGAGGGGAUUGAUGAAAGUGAGAAGAAGAACAAUAAUAAUGUGAUAACGAGGUCUCUACUGCUGGAUUUCUCCGAGAAUGAAGGAGGAAAAGGGUGUUCUGAUGAUGAUAAUGAAUCUGUUUGGUCAAUUCAAGUCAAUGCAAGCGAAAACCAACAAGAAGAAGAAGAAGAAGAAUAUUACGAGUAUUAUGAGGAAGAAGAUGGUUUCUGUGGUAAUCUGCUAUCAGUUCUCUGUGAAGGAAUGAGCAAUAUCAGUGUUGUUGAUAGUGAAGGCCCAAAAUUUGAGGGGAAGCACAUUCGUUUUAUUUACAAUAGUGACGAUGAGAUGAUUAUUGAAGCUGAUGAUGAUAAUGAUUCCGUGGUAUCAUCCUCUCAACACAAUUAAUUCAUUUCAUUUGUCAAGUCAGUCUGGUUUGGUUGUCUUCCUUGUGACACCAAACAAACUUUGUAUUUUUUUUUUUUUUUUUUUUUUUUUUAUGUUUUCGGUGCUGCUUUGCUUGCUUCUCUUGUUAUUACAAUCGAAAAUAAUUGUUAAUUGUGUUUCAUUCAUUGCUUUUUGAAUUUGAUGACAAAUUUUCACUCU